AUUUUCAAAGCAUUUCGUCAAUCGAUCCAGAUGCAUUCGGCAACCUGACGACUCUGCUAAGUCUUCACCUUAACGGAGUAACGACCUUGUCACCCCGUGUAUUUCGGCAUCUCCCUUGCCUCCAAGAGGUAUCCUUGGGAGAAAAGUUGACCUGCGAUUGUGACUUGCUCGAUCUCGUGAAAUGGAUCAAGAAAACCGCCGUGAAAGUCAAUCCAAGUCCGCCAACCUGCUUGAGUGGACCUUCUAGAAAAAACCUUUACGAAGAGGACUUAUUCGGGACGUGCCCAACGACAACUGUUUCCCCGACAACAGAACCCACGCUGCAGAUUUGCCCAACACUAUCUCCAUCACUUUCGACGACAACACUUUCACAAAGCCCUCCUGUGACAACUUUCAACUCCUCAAAACCACAGGCAGUAGCCGUGGGCUUGCCAGAAUCAGCAGUCGUGGGCUUGGCCGUCGGAGUGCCCCUGUUCCUGAUCAUCCUCGCGAUGGCGGCCGGCUUCUGUUUCCUGUGGAGGAAAUUACGCCCUUCUGCCGAACACGUGGGUGCGCGCACGUUGGGACAGACUCAGCAACAGGAAGCGCCUAUCGGCUUAGCUGAAGUUAGCACAGACGACCCUCCAUACGACAGUAUCAACGAAGAUCAGCGUGAUGUCUCAGAUGACAAUCCAUACAACUCAAUCAUUGAAGACAGACGUGGAAGUCAGGAAAACCCGUACCAGAACCCCGAGACUGUGACAGAACCGGUAGCCGACAGGAUCACUAGUUCAUAUCUUCAGUUUGCUGGAGUGGAGGGGAGCAUGAAUUCACCGGACAGCAGGACGGAUGAUGAACAAGGUCAUGACGUGUCCAUUCCAACUCCACGUCUCGGAGACGACCAGAGCUCCUCUGUGACAGAACAGAUGGCCGACAACAUCUAUAACCAAGUCAACGACGACGGGUCUGAACAAGAACAGAGUGCAUCGCCUGACGAGAACAACGUUUACAUCGACAUCAUCGGCUAGUGUGUGUGUGGUGGGGUCUUGUUAAUGCUAGUAAUCCACAUAAACUAACCUGAUGUCGUUCUGACAAAUAUGCUUAAUACAUGGUGAUAUGUUAUUGAGAUAGUAAUCGGUAAUGUAAUAAAGGUACACCAGAAUAGAGAGGUCACAAACAAGCAAGUUGUUCAAUACAUUGUACAGUAAGGAACACACGAUUAUACGUGUAUGCUAAAAACGCACCAUUACGACAGCUUAACCCAAGAACAACUGUACAAUGGGCGAUAGCGUUUAGAAUAUAAUAUGCGUAUGUUAAGAAUAUGUUACUACAUGACAUGCAAGUGUGACAGUUAAAUCAUUAUUAGGUCGACGCCGUUCUAUUCAUAGAAGUGCAGAUAUCAACAUUAAAAAUAAUUUGGUUUAUAAUUUAUACGAGCUGCAAUGCUUUCCAUUGCAAAGUUGCAUUGAAAUGAAAUAUAUUGCAUUGUAUGAUAUUCAUAUUCGGUAAAUAAGUAUACAUGUUAGUAGUACCGAUACCAUUUUGUACAUCAUCGCCCCUCUUUGAACUCAUAUAUGGUUAUAGAUACUAACAUAACUUUAUACAUAUUGUACACACACACACACACACACACACACACACACACACACACACAUACACACA